UCUAAAAUGUCACGACAAUUUCGUCUGUGGUUGCCAUACCGAUUUUCAGCCAUCGUUCCAACUUGCAGAACAUGGCAGACCCCUGACUGCCGAAUCGCCUGAUGAGAAGCCGUUCACGUUUGUGCCCUCAAGCAAGACGAUUGGACAGCCUUGGGAGCAGAUCCGUUCCUCAAGAGUCUCAUACGAGCUCUAGUCAUUCAUUUGAACCAGCAUCCCCCAAAACAACCGUAAUCAUGGUCCGAUCAUCCACCACCGCCAUCCUGGCAUCUGCCCUCCUGGCAUCCUCCGUCGUCGCCGAUGAGGUCUGCAAGAUUGUCACCGAGACAUACUACGGAGAGACCACCUGGGUUCCCGACCCAGCUUGGGCCGACUGGACCACGAGCACCGCCUCCUCCGCCGACCCAACAUGGGGAGACUGGUCUGCCUCGACCACCAGCACCUCCUCUGCCAAGAAGUCUACCACGACUUCCUCGGCUGAAGAGACCUGGGUGGACUGGACUACUACCACUACCACUGUUGACCCUACCUGGGUAGACUGGACCACGACCACCACCACCGUCGACCCUACCUGGGUAGACUGGACCACCACCAAGGCCACCACCACUACCAGCAGCAAGCCCAAGAAGCCCACCACGACUUCUUCCUCAGCUGAAGAGACCUGGUUGGACUGGACCACUACUACCACCACCACCACCGUUGACCCAACGUGGGUUGACUGGGAGUCAAGCAGCAGCACCACAAGCACGAAGAAGACUACCACCACCACUGCCGCUUCCAGCAGCAGCACCGGAGGAGCCUCCACAUGGCUCGACUGGACCACCACCAGCAGCGAAUCCACCAGCGCUCUGACAACCACCAAGCCUGCAACCACCACCACGGUCGCUACGACCACCACUACCACCAGCACCACUACCACUAGCGCUGCUGCUGCCGCCAGCUGCCCUGCCUCCGCCGGCGAGACCGUCUCCGGUGGCGGCUCGUGCGACUGCGACUACACUGUCAACUGCGACAGCCAUGCAAGCACCACCGACGCCACCUUCUGGCAACAAAGCUAUGGUACCUCGGUCGCUUCGCUCGCCGACUGCAUUGCUCUUUGCGAUGACAACGCCGACUGCACUGCCACCAUCUGGGUCUCUGACUCCACCAGCUCCGACUACCUUCUCUGCUGGCAAACCAGCGGACUUGGCUCCAUCAUCGGCACCGGUGUUGGCCAGAUCUCGUACAAGGGCACUUGCUCUGGCACUUGCUCUUCGUCUUACGACUCUUAAGUGAUGUGCGAGGGGUGAUUGCAUUGGGAUGGGAUUUCUUCAUGGGUUAUAUUUCUUCAUGUAAAGUGUUGCAUAGUAUUGGUAUUCGUUUACGGCCUCUGGGAUCCUAGCUACCUACCGCGGGUAGUUCCUCGUGUCGAGGCCGACAGUAAAGUAAUGUCCAGUCAAUGCACAGAGUCAACCGAUAAGUCUACCUGCCAUUUUUGUUCCAGAUGUCGCAUCUAAGCUCUUGUUCUAUGUAUACGUCUUUACAUGUCUGUCUAUGUCUUAAAAAUGCCAACACCGAAGGCCAACGCUUUGGAU